GUUCCGGCCGUCGUGCCCCGUGCUCGUGGUGACCCGGUCAGAGCUCGUCGCCAGGCAGAGUCGAUUGCACCGAGCUCUUGUUCCCAUCGUGGUGAAAGAGCCGGAAAAUGGAAUACCACAGAACACUGGAAAUGUCGUUAUGCAGGCGAUCACUCUUGCAAAACAAUAUCACUUGCUGGUUCCAGGAGAUACCUUGGUGUAUUUCGAAAGAGCGAAGGGGGCGAGACGGCCUACGAUAGUUAGUGUGUAAAAUAUACUGGGCCAUUCAGCUGCUUCACAGCGACGACGUAUAUCAGAUAAGCUGGCAUUGCUCAUUUGGAGACACCAGUAUGGGGGGAGGGGUUUGGGGCGCAUCGACUGCUGUGGAGACAGCAGUGUGAAUAAUUGGCACCUGUUUGCACCGAAGA